AAAUAAGAGAGAGAGAAAAAGAGUGUGUGUCUGUGUUUUCUCUCUUGUGUCAGUUUCUGCUUAGCUUCUCAAAAUCUGCUGUCCCUUCAAAAUUCCUCUUUCUGUUUUCUGCUUUUUUCCUAUCUUCAGUUCUUUUUGCUUAUUAUAAGCAUAAUUUACUUUAGUUGUGUUCAAAAAAAAUUGUUCCCGUGAUUUCAGAGCUUUUUGCAGUGUAAUAUUUUCUGAAUUAUUGUCAGAAAAACAUGAAUGUGUGAUUAGUUAUUCUUGGAGAUUACACAACUAGCACAAUUUCAAGAAUGGCCUGUUUUUCUUCACUAUUUGCAUUACUGUAGUUUACAUGCUCAAGAAAAGCUGGAGUCUUUUGUAUCUCUUCUAAUGGCAAACUAUAUACAAGACGCAAGUGGGUUUUGAAUGAUUUUUUUGGCAUAGUAAAAGGAAAAUGACAUUAAAAUCAAAGAAAGGAUGGAAAUCAGUAGUGCCCCUCCGUUUGAAGACCAAAUCAUCAGCAAAUUUUUGUUUGCUCCCCAGAGUGAAGUCAGAUCGUUUUGGUCCUGGUGAGACGCCAGUGUGUCUCAACGUGUAUGACUUGACCCCUAUGAAUAACUAUGUCUAUUGGGCUGGCUUUGGUAUCUUUCAUUCUGGUGUGGAAGUUCAUGGUGUAGAAUACGCAUUUGGAGCUCAUGACUACCCGACCAGCGGUGUCUUUGAAGUUGAACCGCGGCAAUGUCCAGGAUUUAAGUUUAGGAAGUCGAUAUUUAUUGGAACCACAAAGUUGGAUCCGCCUCAGGUUAGAGAGUUUAUUGAACAUCAAGCUGCUGCCUAUAAUGGUGACUCGUAUCACUUGAUUGUGAAGAACUGCAAUCAUUUUUGCAAGGAUAUAUGCUACAAGCUCACUGGGAAAAAGAUCCCGAAAUGGGUGAACCGACUUGCAAAAUUAGGUUCAGCAUUCAACUGCAUGUUGCCUGAGGCUUUGAAAAUUGCUGCUGUCGAAGACGAACCUAAUGGCCCAGAAUACGUUAGUGAAAAGAGAAGGUUGAGAAGUACUUUCAGUUGUCUUUCUUCAAUUUCAACAAGACAGCAGAAGUUAUCUAAGUCUUCGAUGUUUUUACAGUCACCCCUUAAAGGAUGCUUACCUUCUUGGGAGUUAAGAAAGUCUACCAAUCGCUCAGUAAAAGAAAGGUAAACAUUUAUGGACCCUUUUGUGAUCACAUUUCCCUUGGAAUAUCCUGAAGAAGAAAAUUUGUGAAGGCUAGCUACUCCAUGUAUUUCAUGAAAACAAAGAAAUGAUUGAGAUUAGCUUGCUUUAAGAAGUUGUACUAUUUGUAAUGUGGCAUUGCAGUGUGCAAUAUGCCUUGUUUGAUCCCUUAUCUUUUAGGGUAAUUUCUGUCUCGUUCAUCGAUUGAUCACGUGAGUAUGUCAGAAAAAACACGUACAUCCUGCAUUUGAGAAAAAAGUCUGUCAAUUGAUCUCUAUUCAUUCGGUCAAGGUUUCCACUUUUCACGUCGUUCUACAAAGAGAUGCACCAUGUUGAGAAAUCACCAAUCCCUUGGAGCAGUAUAUUUGCCACCUUAAGUCUGGUGAUAUGCCGGGAUGCUAUACUGCAUAUGACCAGUGCUCUUUUACAGUUUAGGCUUUACUUUUUACUGCAGAAUGUUGCAGUUGUACUACCAUUUCUACUGUAAGUUAUCUUAAUUUUGUCUUCGUAAAGAAUUAAAUACUAGAAGGUAAUGUGAGUUCAAAAGAUCA